GCAGGACCACACCUUCUCCUGAACACAGCCGUCGCUAACAAUCCAGACGAUGCACUUAUCUGGGAUCAAGUACCACACCAUUACUGAAUCCAUGCCACCUCCCCGACAAAUAGUAUCAACAAACUCCGUGGCUUCGUAAUACAAGCAGCUUCGGGAAUUCUUUUGAGUAUCGCAAGGACGUCGACACUGUGUUUAAGGAGGAGCUCGGCCCCAUGUAGCUUGGGCUCCGCAACGCCCUGGCUGACGACAGACCCGCUCCAGGUUCCCGAACACGAUCAAACACAAUCGGAAAAGAUCUCAUCAUCCCAUCCCAUCCCCGUUCAUCCGCCAUGGCUCUGCUCUACGGCGACCUCGACGACGAGAUCGACUAUAUUUUUUCGCAGGCAUCGGCCCCCAGGGCAGAAUGCGACGAUUGGGCCCGCACGAUCUGUACCGUGGUGGCGGGGCUAAAUCGCGAGAAGAUCGUCCAGUUCCGAAACAUGAACGUCCAGCUAGACAUGAGGAUGUUGGACCUGGCUAGACAGAUUCAUGGAAAAGUUGUGCCUGUAGGUGCUGCCCUGGGCCAAAUUGGCGACGACGGGCAACGACAGCUCGCAAUAUACGAGAUGGACAGACUGCCGGGAGACAACUACGCCAUGGUGCGCACCUCUCUAGCGGAAGUACCCCAAAGCCAGUUGGCCGCCGUACACAGCCUGGCGAGGUUCUUUGCGCAGGCCUGGCGCAGGCCGGUGGCUCUAGAUCGCGACCUCAACGAGUUGAAUAUCCUUGUCGACGGCCGCAGCGGCAUUAUCACAAGGGUUAUCGACUGGACUGACGCGGGCAUCCAGCCCUUCGGUCUUACUCUGUACGCGCUAGAAAAAUUCAUUGGCAGCAUGGGCCGAGACGGAUGGGUCUUCUUCGAUAACGCCGGCGCGCUGAGGGAUGAGUUCUGGAGGGCAUUCACUCUCUACCCUGGGCAAGUGUCCUACUCACAGAUGAGGAUUAUUCAGGCUGCGAGAAAGGCGGGAUAUCUUCUCCGGUACGGAACAUUCUACAGCACCGGGCAAAAGGGAGUUGUAGGGAUCGAGAACAUGAGCAUUGAAAAAAGACGUCUGUAUCUUCAGGCGAUUCUUUAA